GCGGGGGCGGGCGGGCCGCUUUGUGACGUCACGCUCAGCUGUCGGAAGGUCCCGAUUUGUGCGGGGCAGCGGCGGGCGCGGGGCAGAACCGCGGAGCGCUACCGGGGAUACCCUGCCCGCGGCGCCCGCUCCCGCCGCCACCUCCGCCGCCCCUCCCGGUGUCUGCUGACGCCGUGACCGGUGCCGAUAUCGGCAGGGCCUUUGCACUGAAGCCAAGUGAAGAACCUCAUAACUGCACUGCAAUUGUAACUGCCCUGUAACUCAGUGACGACUUUAGCAAAGCACUCCUGUCCCAAGGAAGGACCUCCAGCACCGCUGAACUCUGCGCCCUGCCCAUCUGCCCGUCCCUGCGUUGAGGCAGGUGCUUUGCAGCUGCUUUUCUCCUGUCCCAUCCAACUGCUCCCACCAUGUUCCAGCGCCUCACCAGCCUCUUCUUCAGUGACAGCACCGUGCCGGAGGGCCUGGAGGAACCCAAGCCCUUUGUCUCGGAGGAGGAGGAGGAGGAUGGAUGGCUCAUAAUCGAGCUUGGAGGCGGUGCUGCCCGCCCCAGUGCACAGCGGCGGGCAGGGGCUGGUGGCCACGGGCACUCGGUGCGGCCCCGUCCGGCACCACCGCCCGCCUCACCACCAGCCUCAGUCCCGGCUCGCACCAGCAGCCCCACGCCCACCCUACCCAGCCCCUGCUUGAUGGACGAGAGUUGGUUUGUCACCCCUCCCCCCUGUUUUACUGCAGAGGAGCCAGGCCCCGAUGGCGUGGGCAGCAGCCCAAUGGAGGACCUGCUCAUCGAGCACCCCAGCAUGUCCGUCUACGUCACCAGCACCCUCGAGCUGGAUGCAGAGGGACCUCAGGACGAUGCUGCCGGGGAGGUGCCGGAGCCCCGGCUGGAGCGGCACGUGCCGCACCGCAGCGCGUCCCUGUCAGUGAAGGCUGCUGUCCUGGAGAAGGUCAGCCAGGCACGGCGGGUGCAGCGGGCCAAGCAGCUGGCCGAGAAGCCGUGGCUCAGCCAGAAGGCGCUGCAGCGACAGGACCGGGCCCGCCAACGCCCACCCCGCCGGGCCCACCAGCGCGCGGGGAGCUUCCUCCACCAGCCCUGCCAGCGCCACUGCAACUACUGACCUCACCCCAGCGCCCGCCGGCGGGGCUCGGCCUCCCAUUGCCACCGGCCCCAGCGCUGCCACCCCGCACCCCUGCCGCUCCCCUCACCUCUCUGAGCUGUCAUGGCGUUGCCUCCCGCAGUGCGGAUGGGAGGAGCGGUGCCGUCCUCUGCCCUGCGCCAUGCCGGCUGGCAGCACCUGUGUGGGAUGGCAGUGCCCUCCCCAAAUCCACCUCUUUCCAAAAUCUGUGGAGAAUCCCGUUCGUUGUGUCCUGAGGAGCCUGUGACAUCAGUGCCUUUCUUCAUGACAUCGUACUCCUCCAGGUCAACAGACUGUGAUGUCACAAGUGGAUACCAAGCAGAAGCAGGAGAAGGAACAGUGACGAGAUUUGGUAUUUGUGGGAAAAUACCGACAACACUAACCAAUGCUUCCUCCUCCCGUCCCCGCGGUCUCAGAGUGGAGCACAGACAGAGCCGCUGUCGCUGCGGGUGGCACUGCUGCUGGGCUCGGCUGUGCCACUGGGGGCUCUGUGCCGGUAAAACCAGCAACCUCUCUUCCUGCCCAAAUUUCUUAAUUGCAUUUUUACCACGGUAACACGAAAACCCCACUGCCGUUCACUAUGGAAAGCCAGGCGGGACUCGGUGUUCUGUGUUUUUAAAGACAACAUUACCAGAAAUCUCAGGAAACAAAGCACUGAGCUGGGAGCUGCUGGAGCACCGCUGGGAGGUGGCAGCUGGGCGCUGGUGCAGCACGGGGAUGUCAGCAGGUCUCUGCAGCCUCCAGCGAGCACCGGGCCUGCUCCCACCACGCUACGGCCGUGAGCAGCCCCAGGUCCUGUGCUGUGUGAGCCAAGGAACACCAGCUGCCCCGUGCCACCCCCAGCAGCAGAGUGGAGAAGGGACCUGUGCAGACCCCCCCAGGUGGCAGAAGCACGUUGGAGCUGGCGGUGAGAGAAUGUGAACAGAGGGAAGGAUGGAAGCGAGUGGCUGUGGCACAAGGCCAGGCAGUGGGAGGGCUGCAGGCCAGAGCUGUGCCGUGGAGGGAAGCCUGUCUGCCCUGGCGACAUCGCAGCACUUGCAGCAGCCGCCUCCAGGCCUGGGUGAUGCUAAUUGGUGCUGCUGUGCUCCCGCUCCUCCUAGCACCUGGUACUGGCCCCCCGGAGGUGCUGCCCUUCAGCGCUGGGAACCCCUGGAACAGCAGCAUGGGAACUGCUGUUAGGCAAUUGUUGUAGGCCCAACCUCGGACUGCUUACUCUUUCUCUCAUUUAAAAAAAAGAAAACACCCCCAGACCCUUCUCCAGUGAUCAGCCUCCCAGAUCCGUGGCUGAGGAAAUGGCCGGUGCUGCUUGCCUGCAGGGUUUACCUUUAGCUCUGUUGACAAUGAUCCCAAAAGCACAGGAAGAAUGGAAAUUCGUUUCAAAUACUUAUUCUAAGCCACACAUCGGAGCCUUCCAGAUUCAGUUCUUCCAGGCCAGUUUCAGUCCUGCUGGGCACGGCGCUGGCUGCCCUGCUGCCAGGGAGUCCAGUGCCAGGUAGUAUCAUUCCUAACAGGAACCCCCAUUUCAAAUUCUGCUUUCUAAUUUCAGUAGCAGGCAGGGUAAAAGCUUCUCAGGCAGAAAACAGGCAGUUCUGUUGUGCUGCUUUUCCAGCCGUUCUUGUAGGCACGGAGUUGCAGAGCUUGUUCCCAAUAGAAGAGCAGGAGUGAGCCAGGGGUCAGUGCCUCAUCCCGCCCUGGGCACAGUCAAGAUGCACACUUUCAUUUCUCUACCAGAGACUGAUGGAUGAUUCCUUGACUCGAGGGGAAAGUUUACAUCCACUGGCUUCCUUGGCUUCACGUGAAAUGCCUUUUUAUUUCUGAAGUGAUCCCCAGUACAAACUGGGAGCACUGCUCUUGUAGGAAUGCAGCCACAGGUGCUGCUGAGGAGGACGGGGCCAAUUCUGGGCACUUCGGUGCGAUGAGGAAGGCUGAGUUUGACGCCUAGAGUCAUGUCCCACACUCCUGCUCUCUCCCAGAGCUCUGGAUGAUGUCUCCAUUGGCCACCAGGCUGCUCCCUGCCCAGACAAUGCCUUCAGAGGAAGAAUUUUUUCUCUAGCCCAAAGGCACAUCAAGAAGUUAACAACGCCAGCAAUUCCUUCCUCCCAGCCAUCUUAACCUGCUGCAAGUUCUGCACAUCUGAGAAGCCACAUGUCCCAGUGGCCCCUCCAGGGAGCGCCCGAGGCUGGGGCUGCCACCUCCACCCCUCUGCAGCUCAGAGGUGCAGAUGUGCUGGGGACACCAUGCAGCUCCUGGGGUGAAUGCUGCCGCAUGCACGCCUGUGCGUCCUGCGUUUGCUCAGCUGCUUGCGAGCGUUGCCCCAUAGGGGACCCCGUCUGUUGCCCAUGUCAACACUGUUCUCUGCUUCUUGCUCCUCCUGGCACUGGGGCAGCUGCAGCCCCUGCAGAGCCCUCACUGAUUCCCAUCAUCUGUUUCAAACGGCAGAUGCUGUUGCUCCGUCCUGUUUGGGGGAAGAGACUGCAAGAUGUAUUGUUUUCCUUUUUUCUUUCUGUGCCAGUCUGAGACAUCUGUCAUCAAGCUGCUCCCAACCAACACAGGAAAAAAAGUGGAACUACUAUCACACUUUUUAUCAAGAGUAUCCUUAUAAAAGGUUAAUAAAUUAUUAGCAGUGUUUUAAUGAAGAGCUUAAUCCAGAGUCGUAGCACCCCACGGGCAAGUGGAGUGCGCUUACUAUGGUGAAUAGGCUCCUGUGGUCCUCCCUCUGUUUGCACACUUGCUCAUGUAUUAAUAUCUAUUAAUCACUGUUUAACCCUGUACACAGUGAGGAUCGAUUCACUUCUCGCACUUUGUGACCGACACUUCUGAUGCUGUGGCAGAGACACGUUUGAACUGAGCUUUGCAGAAGACCUGUGCUGCUCCUGUCCUGUCCAGCAGUGAUCACUACAGCCGGCCUAAUACCAAAUCUCCUGCCCCACUGUUGUAAGAUCAAGGAAUACCCUUUACCCUGAGGUGAUGAACCUCCUUGAAUCUUAAAACAAAUGAAAGGUGCUUAAAAACUGAGAACUUUUCAGUGUGCACACAUGUGCACGUGUAAAUAUUUUAAAGCCCGGUGUGGAUGUUUGGUAGGUUGUUUUGAGGUUUCCAGUUUUUAGUUUUUUGCAUCCAAUAUUUCCGAUUUGUGAGGAGCUGCGUGGUGCUCCUGGCGGGAAUGGGAAGGGAGCACAGAGCAGGGAGAGCUGGGGCCGUGUCCUGCUUAGGCGGCAGGGCGAGUUCGUGGCUUGGUUUUGUUGUGCAGGGGGGAAGCUACAGCAUGGGCUCAUGGACAGAUGAGUUGGCUGGCGCCUGUCACAGAGUGUUUUUCUGGACAUCUCCAUUCAGACAUGGGUUCUGUCGCUGCCCGUGAGGCCGUGGUUACUCAUCUGUGCGGUCCCUGUGGAGCCUGUUGGGCUGUGGGAUGUGUGCUGUGGCCCCUGGGCAGUGCGGUGUGGGGACGGGUGGGCACGAGUGUGGGAGUGGUAGCCAUGUCCUUGUGCUGCAGGUGUCAUCCCUGAUUCCCUUGUGUUUAUCCCCAAAAUUCACGUACCGCUAGAAUGGAGCAGGCCCGUUCAGCUGUAAAUAACUCGGCGCAGACUGACGCCUUGCGAAAGCCCCAAGAUCUGGGCAGCAGGAUGGCACCGUGUGCUCCUCUGGCAGCUGCAGCCGGCAGGGCCCAGCAUGGGGCUGCGUGAAGCAGUGGGGUCAGAGAGUGAUGCUGGGGCAGGGGACAGGCAGACAACAAUUGCUGUUGCCACCCUGGCAGCUCAGCGCAGCCACAUCCCGCUGCCCAGUUCUGGCUCUGGCCGGCACCGGGAGCCACAAGGUGGGGCAGAGGGCUCUGAAGCACGCAGCCACAAAUGCACUUUCCAAAACAAGUGCUGUGAAAGCUCACUGUAGGAAGAAAACGGUUCUUUCCACAGGAGUCAGCUUUUCUAUAAUGGAGAAGAUUUCACGCAUAGCUCAUCCCAAAGAUCACCUCCGCUGGAGUAUUCACUGCACCUCCAGGCACGUUGCUAAUGAAUAGAUAAUUCUGUGUUUACAUCUCCAUUCAGCCCCACCGGCAGAAGGACGCACAGCCGUCCUGUUGUACCACUCAGUGCAAGAAAAUGAAGAACAAACACUGCAGUGUGAUUUGAGAUGCUAAUGGCGCAGCUUAGCGAUUGCUCCCACAGAGGCUUGCCGUCAAUUCUGGUGCUGGGCAGCACCCAGGCCUCCCCUGAAUGCCCACGAUUUGAACAAGCCUGCCGAGCUGUGCCUUGAUUUUGCCUUGAUUCCGGCUGCUGGUGGUUCAGAAUUGUGAAUAUUAACCCGAUGUAAUCAAGGGCUCGGUCCUUGUUAUGUUAAUGUGUCCACAGCGUCUUCCGUGGCCUUGCGCCACACGUUGUUGUCCACGCACUAGGGGACGGCCUUUCUUUCUGCUUCUUAGAAGAUAUCUGUCUUUACUGAAAACUACAAUUCUUUCUUUAAAAUAUGAGGCUGAGCAAACCAUGCGGCUCCAUGGAAUGGCAAUGUUGUCCCUUGGUGUAUUCCUUCCAUUCUUCCCUGCAGGCAGACGAGGCGUGGGGUACCCACCCUAUCCACCGCGCUGCAGUGGGGGUGUUGCUUUUCCAGCUGAAAGUCACCAAAAUGCUGUUAGAGGGAAUCUGCCAUGCACCCUGUGCCUGUCAGCGUGUGAGCUCAAAGUACACAAACCUGACACGAAGCUUCAGCUCCACUGCAGCUGACAGCACAACUCCUGCCAUUGCAUUCCAUUGCCUCUGCAUUGGGGCUGGGGGAGGGCAAGAAGAUUUUAUUCCCUUCAAACAGAGGAGGAAAGAAACCAGCAUCAUAAAUUCCAGCUUCUGCACAGCCCCGGGGAGCCCCACACUCCUCCACUCCUUCACCACUCACACUUGUUGGGGAAGCUCAUCGCAGCCAUGCCCAGGUCUCCCUAGAUCUCUUCUUUUGCUCUGUUUCAUCACAGUUACACUGUGGGAAAUCUAGUUGGGGGGGAACAGCUCAAGAUGUAAUGAUAAAAUAGUGAUAGUCUUUUUUUUUUCUUGUAUCAUAAAUAUAUCUGUAUGGAGCAAUGAAGCAUUGCAAUAUUUUAUUUAUAUGUAUCAACUCUAUGGCUAGCUAUUCUGCUUGUAAAACUCAUCUACACUUAUUGUACAUCUCCGUGCUGUAUGGCUGUGUAUGUGCCUUUCGUCCUUUUUUCAUGGUCUGUCAUCUUAUUUUUUUCUUAAGCAACUGCAGAACUUGAAUAAAUUAGUGAACCGUAGUUAAAAGUCCUAUGCAAGGGAUGACUGGGAAUUACAUUUUCAACACUCCACGUUUCUAUGUUGCUUUAACAAGUAGGCGCUGGGACCUGCAGAGAAGCCUCACGGAAGGAACGCCCUCAAAGCCCCAGUUUGGCUGCCGAAUCUCCUGGGCAGCUUUGAGGCGCUCAGACCCCAGCCCGGCUCCUCGCCGCUCUGUGUGCGGGGGCCGAGCAGCGGGCGCUGCCCCAGGACAGUGCUCCACGUCCAGCUUUGCCUUUCACGUCCUCUUCUGAAGAGAAGCGCUGUCCGGGCUGAGCGGGAUGCCUUACGCCUUCCCUUGGACGCAUGGGAGAACGCGCCCCAGCUCGGCUCCCUGCCCGGCGCUGAGCGGGUUGGGGCACGGCGGAGCCACGCUGUGCAGCGGAUGCCCACGGCCGCGUCCUGCCGCAGGGCGACCCGGCACCGCUGAAUGCCUUACACCAGUGGGACAACACUGACACCAUGUUUUCGGAGACGAGAAAAAAAAGCCCCACGUUUUCUACAUCACCUAUGCUGUAGGACUGAAAGCUUGUUCAAAACACAACGCUAAUGAAAUACGUCCUCUUUGUGUGUUAACGUGUUAAAUCAACGUAAGCAAGGUUAGUAGGGGAAGGGUGUCUGCUUCUUGUAGGACUUUGUUUAAACGUGUGCCACGUGUCAACAGACUGAGGGACACGACUGCCUGGAAUACGUUACGUAGUGUGCCUGUGUGUGUGUAACCUGGUUUCGGUUGUUAGAUUGUAAUGCCGUUUUUUGACUGAAAAAAAAAUCUAAUAUAAAGAAAAACCACAAGAAAUAAAAAAAAUAUAUAUAUUUAAA